AUGGGAGGUAUCACGAUGAUGUGUCGUCGAUCGCAGGAGAAGAAGAUUGACGACGGUGGACAGGGCCGCGACGCCCCCUGGUCAUAUCAAAACUCCGGGCGGUUCUUCGGUGCGACUCGAAUUCGAAGCGUGGCGCGGGACCUGAUCUGCGUUUUACUCUUAUCCAGCCCCAACACCUCGUGGGUCAGUCUUGCGAGCGCGAGAAGCGCCGGAGCGGUUUCCUCCUCUGGGGCGCCGUUUAUUUCGUGGCCUGGCCUGAAUUUUAGCGCCUGCACGUGCUGCCACACGGGGGCAGACGGGCAGCCGGUUACGGAGGGCAGGACGGUGAGUCGCGGUGAGCUAGUGAUACGUGGCGCCUCCACCUCGUCGUGUGCGGAUGUGACCGUACGCGGCGGAAGUGAGGUCGACCCGGAUGAACAAGAACCGCAGGAGGCCUCGGUACGUCGUGUUGAUACGAGAGGUUCAACAUCUUCCAGGACGAGAAACUCCAACCCAGUGGUGCUGGAGGCCGGUCCCACGAGCGUCGACUCCUUCAGCGAGCUGCUGUGCGACAAGACGGCGGCAGCUGCGUCGCUCCUACACGACAGGAAGGGUACUAGGAACAACCCCGACGCUCCUGCAGGGCACUAUGCGGGAACACGGCGCAUGGCCACGCCGUAUACCUCGCCCGUUCCAGGCACGGGCUCCGGCAUCGUCGGAAAAGGGCUGGGGGCCACAGAGAGUGGGUCUUCCACCGGUGUGCUGGACCUCCAAUUACAACCAACAACCGAGCAGUCCUUGCGCAGUAGGCACGAGGAGAGCAGCUGCUGCGAUCCAGGCCGCGGGAAGAGUCCUCGCGGCGAUGAUCAGCGCCAGGUUCAUCUCUCCGACUCGUCAUCUCCCCCUGCUGACAACAUCCCGGGGAUGAACGAGAACGGAGCGCAGCCACUUCCUAAGAGGAAUCCCGGAGCAGGCGGGCUUCUGUUGCCGGGCGUAGUGUCGAAAAGGGUGCGCAACACCCUUUCGUUGCUCGCUGCGCAUUUGCCGGCCGGCACGUCCUCUUCGCGAGGAGCCCCGGCAAGGGCGGCGGCAGAGGAGAACAACAAGAAUCAGAACAAUGUCAGGCACCGACGGGGUUCCAUGAUUCGCGGCUGCUUUCAGAAUGUAAACGCCGCGACGCCGGGCGCAAAGGCCGGAAAGAACUCAGCGGCGCGCGACCACCGGUGGGACGAAGUGGAACAUGUGCCGACCACGACGCCCCACAGCCGACGGAGCCGCGGGGGCGUGGAACUUACGGAGGAGAAUCUCCUGCACGCCCGGCCGGAGCAGCUUCACCUGGAACCGCAAACCACUUCGGCUUCGUCGUGGGGAUCCUUUUUCAACCAAGACAACCUGCUGGAGGACACGGGGUCCCCCAGCUUCAAUUUGCGCGAUGAGGAGAAUGACCCCGAAGACGACAGCAGCGGGGACGGGACCGGGCCCCAAUUCGGCAUCAAGAUCGGCCGGCAGCAGUCGCAGGCGGCCAGCCUGGCCCCCUCCGCCUCUACCGCCUCCGAGGAAAGCCGUCGCCGCAGACGUGAGCAGGAGUAUCAAGCCCGCGGAAUGAACAUUCCCAUCGUCACUCUCUAGACUGUCUAUGUCUGCGGGGGAACAUUCGGGUACCCGACAUCGAAUUAUAUACGAGAAUGUACAAAGAAAAAUUAUAUGUACCGUUUUUGAUAAUCUGGAAUCUGUUGAAACGAAUCAAUUUUGUGCUGCGGCCCUUCCGUUUGCAUUUUUUACUUUAGUCUGAAUGAUGAAUGCUUGUUGGCCGUUGCUUGGAAUCAACACAAAUCGCCUUGCAGCUGCACUGAGGAUCAAAAGGUUGCGAGGCUCGAUUGGGUUGCUUUCUCUGUAGUGGUGUGCACGAUAAUCAUGUAGUUUUUGUGAAGUGAACAUUGGCGAAAAGCUGGAUUUCAAUUUGACGAAAUGCAAAAAACGGGGACCAUUGUAAUUUUCACGUCGUAUUUCAGUACAU